AUGGGUGGCCAUUUCCCAGCGCUGCCUGAGAUAAGGUAUCAACUGAAUGUGGAAAAAGCUGAGUGGAUAAUAUACAUCAUUGAUAUAGGCCAGCAAGAGCACUUUGAAAUGUUUUUCACAGCUGCUAAACAUGCAGGGUGGUUACCAAGUGGCGAGAGUAAAUGCCAAAAACAAGUCAUGUUGUGUUCAGUCUUGUUCUUGCUUGACGAAUCUAAAACUCGGUGUAAAGAAGGCAUGAUUGUUGACUGGACUGAUGAGGAGCGUGAUAAUGCUGCUGAAGAAAUUGGAUAUGGUGAUUUUAGAGGCACCGGUGAUGGUGAAGGUGAAACAGAAGCAGCAAGAGGCAAGAGGCAAAAGAGAACUCGGCACUAA